CCAACUCUGCUUACCCUCCCCGACACAAUUACACCAUUUUCUCUCUCCAACCCCAAACAAGGCACUAGCCCACCAUUAAUGGAGCCUGAAACCCUUCUUAAUCUUUAUGAUUCUUUUUGGUUUGAUCUUGAUUUAUUCAACAGAAAAAACCCUAGAAGUUUUCAUAAAAUCCCAGAUUUACCCCCUUCAAAUCCUGAUAUUCCCACCCUCCCAACAAUUAAAACUAACACAAAUUUCUCCCUUGGAAAAAAACGCAGUGAAUCCCCAAAUUCUGUUCUUUUUUCACCAAAACUCCAAACUCUAUUUUCUGGGAAAAUCUCAGAAGAUUUUGAUCCCCAAGAAAUGACCGUUACAACCCCAAAAACAGGAUAUUCUCCAUUGAAGGGCAAUUUGGGAAGAAGAAAAAAGAAGGGUUUAAGCAAGAGUUUAUCAGACCUUGAAUUUGAAGAGCUAAAAGGGUUUAUUGAUCUGGGUUUUGUUUUCUCAGAAGAAGAUACAGAUUCAAGUUUGGCUUCAAUUAUUCCUGGAUUACACAGGUUGAAAAACAGUAGCGGUAACACUCGCGUUAAGGAAGAUGAUACAUACAGCCCUUAUGCGAGUAAUCACGAUAUUAAUGACAAUACGAAGAAUGUAGAAACAAUGAAUGAUGGUUGUUAUAAUUCCAUUUCAAGGCCUUACCUUUCAGAAGCAUGGGAGGUACAGGUACUGGAGAAGAAGAGGAGAGAUAAUUAUAUGUUGAAUUGGAGAGUUCCUGCUCCUGAUAAUCAAGUUGAAAUGAAGGAUUAUCUUAAAUUUUGGGCUCACUCUGUUGCUUCCGCUGUUAAAUGAUAAUGUUGGUGUCUUUUUUUGGUUUAUUUUGGGUAUUAUUGUAAUAUAAUCUCUUCUCGUGUUAAAUUUUCUUCAUGUUACUAUAAAUAGUAUGUAGCUCCCUUUUGAUCA